GUGAGCAGUGCGCUCAUCACGAAUAUUCCACACUAAGUUAAAAGCCCAAACUCGGGUUUCUGUACAACUGCAAAAGAGAGAAACUUGCUAAGUGUGCUGUAGAACUCUAUACUGCUGAAACACAAGAUGUCAGGAAAUUUGAACACAUCGAUAAAUGGAACACACAUGCACCUGCACUGCUUCAAUCCUACAGUGAACAAAGUCGUGGAAACACUGUUUGACUGCGCGAUUUUCGUUUUCUCUCUGGUGGGAAAUAGUUUGAUUUCGAUCAUCGUGUUCAAGUCUAGAGCCAUGAGGAAACCAAUCAACUUUUUAAUCGUAAACAUGGCUAUGUCUGAUCUGCUCUUUGCGAUUUUCGUAGUCCCACCGAACCUGGUAGGGAUGCACUUCCAAACCUCGUUCCUGGUUGAACCUCAAGGCGAGGUCUUCUGCAAGCUAGUAGAGUUCAUGAUCCACGUAUCUGCCUCUGUGUCAGUUCAGAGCCUGGUUCUUAUAGCAGUGGAUCGAUUUGGAGCUGUGGUAUAUCCUCUUCGACCACCACUCAUCACUUCCAAGUUGUGCUGUUUCUUAAUUGUUGCCACUUGGAUCAUCUCAUUCGGAAUCUACUCCCCUUACUUUCUUGGUUCUCAUCUGGUAAUGUAUCCUGAUGGAAUACUCCUUUGUCAGACCCUUUAUCGUGAAGUCUUAAAUGAAGUUUUCGUGUCCUUCACUUACGAUACGGUAGUUCUGACUCUUUUCCGCUGUAUUCCUUUGGUUUUGAUAGCUAUAGUAUAUAUAGUUAUUUAUUUAAAACUCAAACGACAGAAAAUACCCGGCGAAAGAUCGACCAACAAUGGCGAUCAACUUAGAAAGAGAGAAAGAAAUGUGCUUAAGAUGUCCAUUGCUAUCGUGUUGGCGUUUGCAAUAUGCCUGUUGCCGUUGAGCAUUUUCAAAAUCGUUGUGAAUUACGUACCGAUCGUACGUUCUUGCGGUUGGGAUCGCUUCGAACUAACUUGCUACGUUUUGGCUAAUUCAAACUGUGCAGUGAACCCUUGCAUUUGUUUUAUUUUUAGUAGAAAUUAUUGUCAAAGGCUGAAAAGUUUGCUUAGCUGCUUUUCCGCCGAACAGAGGGCUAAUCAAGUGCAAGUCAAAAGAGCAGAACUGCCCCGACUGUUGAAUUGUGCAGAUUCUUUAGCCGAACCUCGUGAGGAAAGGAAAGUACAAGAGGACGGAAAUUUAUGAGAAAGUGCCUUCACAUUUGCCACGAUAAGCAAAGUGGACUGACAAGCCCCGGCAGGGAAGUCAGAAAGGACUCGGAAGAGAAAAACGCAAAUAUUCAGCAGAAACAAGAUGGGAAAAGGAAAAUGGGAUAUUAAAAUUAAUUUUUGUUAAGAUAAGUGGAUGGGUUAGAAUCGAUGCAACAUCGUUGACAUGUAUCGAUUCCAAGGCUCCCUGCAGUAGCUUGUACUUCAAGGUUGAACUGCGGCACGACGUGGAGUUUCACGUCAAUUUUAUUUGAAGCUGCAAUCUGAACUGGAUCAGAUCUUCCCGCUUUCGGGCUGGAAAGUGAUAUGCCCAUAUCAGGCAGGAUAGAUAGAUAUUUAUGUAAAAUAAUGAACUACGAGGGAGGUAUUCCUAAAGUGAGCUCUCCAAAAGGAUACCUCAAUACAAGAGAGGAGGAAUGUUUUGAAUUGGGCGAAGUUUAUUCACUAGAAUGAUCACAUAUUGUUUCUUGAGGGCAAACUACGAAUGCUUGAUGUUUAAGGGCUUAUCCACGUUGAGAUUAAUCCAGAAUAUCAAAUCCAUCGCAUUUUACGAAAAGUUAGAAGUUGCAUUUUAUGAACUCUUUAAAUUCGCAUUUUAAUAAUCAACACUUUGAUAACCAUGCAAUAAAACAUAAGGCCAUUUAUUUGACCUAAUUACACCUAAGGGUUGUUCAUGUUUAUGAGUCGUGUUUUCCAGAGCGUUGCUUAACGGUUACCUCCUACCUUCAGAGGUCUAAAAAGUGUU